AUGGCGGUUGCAAUGACUACCUUUUUGCAGGGUGCUAUUACUAUUAUGAGUUCAUUUGCUGCGAAGGACUUGGGCAUGUCGACUGCUGAAGUCUCGUGGAUGAAUAGCGGCACAUCGCUUACGUCAGGUGCUCUUUUGCUCUUCUUCGGUAGUAUAGCCGACCUCUUUGGCCGCAAGUCCAUGUUCAUCGGUUCCAUGUUCAUGUUCGCUGUGGUAUCCCUCGGAGCCGGCUUCUCCAAAACUGGGGAUACCAUACCCAAGCAGACGUUCAAUAAACAGGCUUUGAAGAAGCUUGACCUACCAGGUACCUUGCUAACCAUGGCCGGCGUUGGCAUGUUCUGUGCUGCUUUGAGUCUUGGAGGAGACGCACCCCAGGGUUGGAAAACACCUUACGUUCUGGUUCUUCUAAUCAUCGGUAUUCUAUUAAUCGCUGCCUUUGUCGUAUGGGAAAUCAAGUACGAGCACGCCAUGAUUGAUAUGAAGAUCUGGCUUGAUAAGGACUUUUCUCUGCUCUUUGUAAUUAUUUCCUUCGGCUUCCUCGGCUUCCCCGUUUUCAACUUCUGGAUUGCACUCUACUUCCAAGUGGAACUUCACAUGAACGCCAUCCUAACAGGCGUCCACAUGCUCCCCAUGGUUGUAUGUGGUCUGACGGCUAACUUCACCGCUGCCGCCGUUCAACACAGAGUGUCCAACAAGCUCCUCACAGGCACUGGAGCCGCCGCAUUAGUAAUUUCCUUCACCGUUGCCGCCGUACAACGGACCGGAGACUCUUACUGGGCCUUUUCCUUCCCUGCGUUGUGCCUAUGUGUAAUUGGCGUGGACUUUCAAUUUAUUGUUGCCAACAUGUACGUUCUGUCAUCAAUGCCUUUAAACAAGCAAUCAAUCGCUGGCUCCCUCCUUCAAACCGUAACCCGCCUCGCCACCUCCGUCGGCUAUGGUGUUGCAACCGCCAUCUUUGACGCCGUAAAAAAGAGCCCUGCUACCUCUGGUUACUAUGCAAACAAUGCUAUCCAACCCUAUGCCGCUGUCUUUUGGUUCGCGGCCGCUAGUGCGGUUCCGGGAUUGCUUCUUGUUCCUUUCCUCAAAGUGGGCACGCAGGGCCAUGCGGGCGAUACGGGACGUGUGAGGAGGAGGGCUAGCGAUAGAUCCGAGGGAGAGGAGAGUGCAGUGGAGAGUAGCCAUGUUGGUUCUGCUGAUGAUGGGGGCGAGAAGGGGACGGGAGUACGUCAGAAUGUCAGCACAGGUGUAUAG